AUGUCAGAUUAAUGUACAAAGGGAAUAAAUUGGGGUUAAGUUUAAAUAGAUGAUAAAAAUUUGUCUAUGAAAUAUAAUUCCACAAAUAUAAUCAAAUUACCAUUAAAAAAAGUGGUUAAUUCUAAUACUUAGAAAAAUGAUAUCGUUUUAUAAUUGACUACUGAUGAUUGUGGUGAAAAGUAUAGCUCCAAUGAUUAAUUAGUGAUGACAUGUUAUGUGAAGUGAGAUUUUUUAUACCUCCGUAAGAAUAAGUAAAAAUUCAGAUUGAUUUAGAAAGGGAAAUUUGAAAAAAAAAAAUAAGAUGAAGAUUCAAAUUAAGAGAAAGCUGAUGAUGAUGAAGAAGAAGAACCAACAUUUUAAUAAAAACUAUAAAAUGAAAUUUUAGUUAAGGCAAAAAUAGGAUAAAGUAGUGCUGAUUCUAUUCUUACUAUUCAUGAUGUUCCUUUAAUUGUACCUAGGUAAUUUAUUAAUUCAUAAUCAAAAGGGGACGUUAUACUAUGGAUUUCUUUAAAAAAGAUAUUAGAUUUCAUGGAAAUACUUAUUAAUUUACAACUGAUUAUAAGGGUAUCUCAAGAUUUUUCUUAUUACCUAUGCCAGAUGAAAUCAAUUUAUCAUUUGUUAUAGGAUUAGAACAUCCUUUUAAAUAAGGAUAAACAGCAUAUAAUUAUUUAGUAAUGUAAUUUAAAAAGGACGUUGAAAGUGAUAUUAACUUAAAAUAUUAAAGAUAAUAACUUGAUGAAAUUGGUUGGAAACAAAUUAAAGAAGAAUAUUCUGGUCCCUUAUAUGAUACUAUUUGUGAAUUAUUAUCUGAAAUAACAGGAAUUAAAGUUAUUACACCUAAAAACUUUAAAACCAAAAAUGGUUUAAACUGUUUAAGAUGUUCAGUUGGUCCUCAUUCUGGAUUCUUAUUUCCAUUAGAGAAAUCUUUAAUUUAUCUUUAAAAACCUGUACUUCAUAUUAAACAUGAAGAAAUUAAAGAAGUGAUAUUUUAAAGAGUAUUUAUUUAAUUUUAAAAAUAUUAUUAGAUUGGAUCAACUAAUUUAAAUAAAUUUUUUGAUGUGAAAAUAGUUUAUAGAAAUUCAAAUCAACUAUUUUCUAGCAUUGAAAAAGAUGAAUUGGAUAAUUUAACUUAAUAUUUCUCAUCCAAAAAAAUUGCAGUUAGAAAAUUAUAAGAAGAACUUCCUAGAGUUUAAUUAGAUGAUAGUGAUAGUGAUGAAGAUGAAGAUAAUAAUAAUGAAAAUAAAAAGUUUAUUAAAUUUUAUAUUUUUUAAGGAAUAAACCUAAAACAGAUCCUAAUAAUUUAGAUUCAGAUGAAGAUGAUGAUGAUUUUUAAGAAGGAGAUGUUGAUGAUUAAUCUGAAGGAAGUGAUGAAAGUGAUGAAUCUGAUAGUAAUUCAAAAAGAAAUAAAAAAUGAUGAU